AUCGGAAGUUGAGGACAUUUUGUAGUUUCCCGGAACUUCUGUGCAGCAGUGGUGACUUGAUCAAACAACUGGAAUACCACAAAUGAUCAACUUCAGGUUAAUGCUGCUCUCUUUCACGUAAACUGCGAGCACAGCAAGAUGUUCACGGCUAGCGCCAAGAUAAUGAAAAGUGGGGGCGCUGAGCCCGACCAGUUUGAGACUAAUAUCUCGCAAGCUCUUUUUGAGCUGGAGAUGAACAGCGAUCUUAAGUCUCAGCUGCGAGAGCUCUACAUCACUAAGGCAAGGGAGAUCGAGACCAACAACAAGAAGUCUAUCAUCAUCUAUGUGCCAAUGCCCAAACUAAAGGCUUUCCAGAAGGUACAAACAAGAUUGGUCCGCGAACUGGAGAAGAAAUUCUCAGGCAAGCACGUUAUGUUCGUCGGUGAGAGGAAGAUUCUUCCUAAGCCAACGAGAAAGACUCGCACCAAGAACAAGCAGAAGCGCCCUAGAAGUCGAACUCUGACAGCUGUUUACGACUCUCUGUUGGAGGAUUUGGUAUUUCCUGCCGAAAUUGUUGGCAAACGCAUUCGUGUCAAGCUGGACGGCUCGCAGCUAAUUAAGGUUCACCUAGACAAGAAUGAGCAAACAAACAUUGAGCAUAAGGUAGACACUUUUGCUUCCGUGUACAAGAAACUUACGGGUCGUGACGUAACGUUUGAAUUCCCUGAACCCUACUUGUAAUAAGUGACACGUGUCAAUCAAAUAAAAACAAAUGAAAAUUUA